GCCGGAAGUGGCCGCGCGCUCCACGGGCCCACCGGGAGGCGCGCUUUCAGACCAUGGCGAGCCAAACGAAGCGCCCACGGGUGGCGGGGCCUGUGGACGGCGGCGACCCGGAUCCUGUGGCCGGCUUCCUGAACUGGUGCCGGCUGGUGGGGCUGGAGCUGAGUCCCAAGGUGAGCGAGCGAGCCGGCGGGCGGAGGACCUGCGGCCGGGCGCGGGCUGCCCUGACCAGCCCUCCUCCUGCUCAGGUGGCGGUCAGCCGGCAGGGCACGGUGGCCGGCUACGGCAUGGUGGCCCGGGAGAGCGUGCAGGCCGGAGAGCUGCUGUUCGUGGUACCGCGGGCCGCGCUCCUGUCGCAGCACACCUGCUCCAUUGGCAGCCUGCUGGAGCGAGAGCGAGGCGCGCUGCAGAGCCAGUCGGGCUGGGUGCCACUGCUGCUGGCGCUCCUCCACGAGCUGCAGGCCCCGGCCUCACGCUGGAGGCCGUACUUUGCGCUCUGGCCCGAGCUGGGCCGCUUGGAGCACCCGAUGUUCUGGCCAGAGGAGGAGCGCCGGUGCCUGCUGCAGGGCACAGGCGUACCUGAGGCCGUGGAGAAGGAUUUGGCCAACAUCCGCAGCGAGUACCACUCCAUCGUGCUGCCCUUCAUGGAAGCCCACCCCGAUCUCUUCAGCCUCAGGGUUCGCUCCCUAGAACUCUACCAUCAGCUCGUGGCCCUUGUGAUGGCCUAUAGCUUUCAGGAACCACUGGAAGAGGAGGAGGAUGAAAAGGAGCCCAACUCCCCAGUGAUGGUGCCUGCUGCAGACAUACUAAACCACUUAGCCAAUCACAAUGCCAAUUUAGAAUAUUCUGCGAAUUGUCUUCGGAUGGUAGCCACUCAGCCCAUUCCUAAAGGCCAUGAGAUUUUCAACACUUAUGGGCAAAUGGCUAACUGGCAACUGAUUCAUAUGUACGGUUUUGUUGAACCAUAUCCUGACAACACAGAUGACACAGCUGACAUUCAGAUGGUGACAGUUCGUGAGGCAGCAUUACAGGGAACAAAAACUGAAGCUGAAAGGCUCCUAGCGUAUGAGCGCUGGGAUUUCCUAUGCAAACUGGAGAUGGUAGGGGAAGAAGGAGCCUUUGUGAUAGGGAGGGAGGAGGUGCUAACUGAAGAGGAGCUGAUCACCACACUAAAGGUACUGUGCAUGCCUGCUGAGGAGUUCAGAGAGCUUAAAGACCAGGAUGGAGGGGGAGAUAAUAAAAGGGAAGAGGGCAGCCUGACGAUCACAAAUAUUCCCAAGCUCAAAGCAUCGUGGAGACAGCUGCUACGAAACAGUGUUCUAUUGACCUUACAGACCUAUGCCACAGACUUAAAAACUGACCAAGAUUUACUCAGUAAUAAGGAAGUCUAUGCCCAACUCAGCUGGAGGGAACAGCAAGCCUUACAGGUUCGCUAUGGUCAGAAGAUGAUCUUACAUCAGUUGUUGGAACUGACACAAGUUGGCAGUUUCCCUGUUCCCUGAAGGAACAGCAAUAAGAACUUUUAUUCUAAGCUAGUACUCAUUGAUGUUUGAAAAAGGGAAAAUUUGGAUCUUUUUCUUAUUAAACACCAAGAGGAAAAGUAGCAAACGUGGUGUGCUAGGAUAAACUGAGGUAAGGGUGAUGUGUUUUAGGAUUGAGAACAGCAGACUUGGGAAUCACUGCUAAUUGUUAAAGCAUGUUACAGCUAUUUUGUUCUGUUUUAACGAAAGCCAGUGGAAAUAUGGUAGUAAUAGGUCGUCUUGUUGUGUUUCAGCAUUUCAUAAUAGACUUGGUGGUAGACCCUGGUUUAAAUCUAAGUCUAGUUUGAGGAAAUCACUUAACCUUUAUUUAAAAGACUGGAUUUAAUAAGCUGUGUAACUGACACUCAAUGAUCAGUUACCCGAAGUUCACUCUAGAUGGCACAAACCACCCCUCAGGGAAUAAACCCUAAGACAUCACUCAUGGAGGACUUCAAUUAUUUAAUUUUGAACUAUUUUGUCCUCUCUGGCUGUAAAACUUGACAGUCAUGAAAGGUAAGGCAAAUUUUAAGUGGGUUAAGUUUUAAAAUACACAUCUACUCAUUUUCUUUAAAAAGAAAAAAUACCAAAAUACCUGGCGGGUAUUAAAACUGGGCAUUUUAAAUUCUGUUUAACCAGAGAAACCUGCUCCAGCAAUUUUCCAGUGUUGAAAUAGGAAGAAAAA